AUGUCCUAUAGCCACCUUGAUACCCCAUGGGUGGAAAAUCCCCGGGAAUCUGCAGAGAACGCUCUCCAUGACGAACAUGGUACCAGGCUCUAUGAGAACGAUACUGAGGACCUUCUGUUCUCAAUAAUUCAUCUCAAUGACCUCCCCAGACUGAAGCAAUAUCUUUCUGUCUAUUCUCCGCGCCUGGAUAUUGAACAUAAAGUAUUUAAUGACCCGCUCUCUAUCGUCGCGUCGCAGGGACGCACUGAUGUUCUCCGUGUUCUCGUGGACUACUACAAGACCGACUCGACACAAGUGCCGCUCCAUCAGCGAAAGUUCUCAUUGUUGACUGCGGCAUGCGGGGAGACCCAGCUCGAGACAGCGCGAUUUAUUCUGGACAAUCAGCCUGCACUCUAUUCAACCCAUAUUGCCCAAUUGUACCGUGAUGAAGCGCUGCUGGCGACUGCUAGAGCUCUGAGUUCUUUGCCCCCCUACCGUGCCAAUCAUGAGACGCCAGGGGAUUCUGAUCACUGGAUAAGCAACCGUGUCGCCUGUGGCGAAGAAUUAAUAUGCUUACUCCUCGAUGGCGGUGCGUCCGCCCAGGCGGCUGAAAUCCCCAGGACGCACGUGGAAUGGGCGACUGUGCUAGUCUCUGGAGGGUCUGCAAUCCGACAUGAUGACUGCGACAACCAACCACUGCAGUCUUUUGGUACAGUUCUUGGUCUAGCCUCCUCUCGAGUCGGCUCCGCAUUGGUGAAACGACUCAUUGACCAAGGCGCCAAUGUACACGCCAAGGAACAGUACUAUUACGAUCCUUCAUCCGCAUUUUGGCGGAUAGAACUUCCGUCGGACGUCACUGCACUUCACAUUAGCAGUAUGUAUUGGAAUACGGAGGUCAUCCAGACGCUUCUUGACUAUAGUGGAAGAAGUAAUAUUGAAGCACUAUCAUGCCGCGACAGUAAUGGGCGUCUACCUCUUCACUGGGCAGCUGCGGGCCCAGGCUCACAUGAAUGCUGGCUUCCUGACGAGAAAAUCAACAAUCGGAUCAUUGUUGCCCUCAAACUACUCUGCUCUAGUAGCGAUAUCAAUGCUCGGGACAACAGGGGCGAGACUCCUUUACAUCACGCUGUAAAAGGCCAUGCCGGUUGUGGUCAGAGCAUACACUUUGAUAGUACGCUGAAGUUCUUUCUGGAGAAUGGGGCGCAUGCAGAUUUAGUUGACGGCAAUGAUCAAACCGUGCUACAUAAGCUAGCUGCCCGCUGCCUGGAUGGUGAUCCAAUCGACACCUCUCUGAUGGAUAGUCUUCUUUCACACGGUGCCAAAAUGUUGAUCAACCAACAAGACAUAGACGGAAAUACAGCGUUGCAUCUUAUGGCCAGGAAUCUACGCCAAACCCAGGCAACCCGAUUUCUGAUUUCUCAAGGCGCGAAUGUGUCUCUCGUCAAUGGCAAAGGCAAUACAGCCUUCCAUGAAUGUUUGACAAUGGGAACGAUCCUGCAAAGGCAGACGAGUAACGGAAGUGUGAAAGCCACAUACGCGGACAUGAGAAGAGCGCUGGAUGAAAUGAUUGCUAUUUUGCUACAGGUAGGGGACGAUGCUAUGAUGGAUCAGACCAAUCUAGCGGGUGAGACGCCGAGACAGCUGCAGUCUAAGAAACUGGCCCAGUGGCAGGAAAUGGAGUUACGUGAGAUCGCGAGAAACAGUUAA